AUUAUCUUUUGAAUUCUUCGCUUGCCUGUAGACUUUAGUAGUGUCUUUGAAUGUGGAAUUGCUAAAUUAAGCAAAGUAAGUCUACUAAACACUAAAGUUUUAAAUAUCAAAAAAUGGCUCGAUUUAAUAUACCAGGAGGAGGUUUCGUAGGAUUUAGAAAAGCAAAGAUUCCUGUGGCGCUGAAGAAGGGUAUAAGGCCAUUUAAAGUAGAAAGUUAUGAAUUUGAAGACGAAUAUAGUGAUGAAAUAUCUCGUCGAAGGUCGUCAAACAUUCUAGAGGAAGAUUUAAUUCCGGACAGGGCCAAAAGUACUGUUAAACCUAGAAAACUAGGAAGGGCGAGGAAGACGUCCAAAAGGCAAAAAACCAAAACAGAUUCAGAAACUGAUCAAAGUGAAGUGGAACCAGGUAUUUCAACUAAAGAAAAGUCAGAUAUUUCAAGGGAAAAGAAGAUGAGCGAAACAAGUGAACAGAAACUAGGUAUUUCAACCGAUGAAAGAUCAAGUACUUCAAGUGAAGAAAGCAUGCCAAGUGAAGAAGAAACAGCUGCGGAAUAUUUCAGUACAGAAGAGUUAGGCAUUUCAAGUUCAGAUGAAACGAAAGAUUCAAAAGAAAAGGAUGUAUUUUCACACGAAAAAGUGAGGGAUACUUUGAGAGAAAAAGAAAGGAAAAUUUCUACUAAACGUACUACAAGUGAAGAAGAGUUGGAAGUUUCAAAUGAAGAAAUCUCAGGUGAAGAAAUAUUAAAGCCUUCAAGUGUUGAAGGUCACAAAGGAUUACCUCAGGAACAGCUCAGUGUUUCUAGUAUGGAAGGAAUUAUUGCAGAUGAUGAGGAAUCAGAAAUUUCAGCUGGAGAGGAAACAGAAAUUUCAGCUGCAGAGGAAACAGAAAUUUCAGCUGGAGAGGAAACAGCAGUUUCAGAUGGAGAGGAAACGGAAAUUUCUGAUGAAGAGUAUACAAAAAUUUCAGAUGAAGAGGAAACAGAAAUUUCAGCUGAAGAGGAAGCAGAAAUUUCAGCCGGAGAGAGAACAGAAAUUUCAGAUUAAGAGGAAACAGAAAUUUCAGCUGAAGAGGAAGCAGAAAUUUCAGCCGGAGAGAAAACAGAAAUUUCAGAUGAAGAGGAAACAGAAAUUUCAGAUGGAGAAGAAUCUGUAGCUUCAAAAAAAGAGGAAGUUACUAGUAAAGAACG